AUGAGGAGCGGUGAUUCAACCACAAUUGAUGUUCCAGAGUCAAAAAAAGAUGUUCCAGAGUCAAGCGCCAUUGCUAAAGGAAAAGCACCUCUUGUGGCUGUUGUUGUCAAGCAGAGGGGUGGAUGGAAAAGGGGAGUUGCCAUAUUCGACUUCCUCCUUAGGAUUGGGGCUAUAGUAGCUGCUCUAGCCGCAGCCUCCAUCAUGGGUACCAGUCAGGAGACCCUUCCCUUCUUCACCCAGUUCUUCCAGUUCCAAGCCAGUUAUGAUGAUUUGCCCACUUUCCAGUUUUUCGUGAUAGCAAUGGCAAUAGUCAGUGGCUACCUAGUGCUUUCCCUUCCCUUCUCCAUAGUAUCCAUCGUUCGGCCCCAAGCAGUCGGACCAAGAAUUCUCCUACUCAUUUUCGACACAGUGGCGCUUACUCUAAACACUUCCGCUGCGGCGGCGGCUGCGGCUAUAGUCUACUUGGCUCACAAUGGCAAUUCCAACACCAACUGGCUUGCCAUCUGCCAGCAAUUUGGUGACUUCUGCCAGGAAGUCAGUGGGGCUGUGGUGGCGGCGUUCGUUUCGGUGGUUGUGUUCAUGUUCCUGAUUCUUCUGUCUGCUUUGGCCAUCCGAAAGCCUUGA